ACUCGCCCUCCCUGGUGCCCGUUUAGCUCGUUGGAAAACAGAGUCAUACUAGUUCUGAGCAUUAGUGGUGCCCUGCUGAGCAUUAUUAGCUCUGAGGCUCGCUCAAUCACUCACACAAGAUGGGAAAGGCAUUUGAUAACAGACCAACUAACUCACCAACUGACCCGGUCGGCAAAACGGCAAAACGGCAAAACGGGCCAGAAGUAGAGUUGACAACAUGACAGGAAGGACCGACAAACACCACCCACUUACAGAGAGUUAGCCGGAAUGAGCGAGCCGUCAAUAAAAUACGAGGGCAGAGAUAAAACAGCGGAAGAAAGAAGGAAGAAGAGAGAGAGCCUCGACGGGUCCUCAUGGUCCUGAUCCUCCUGCCUCGCCAAUGCUGCUAGCGACUAGGGUCGGACUGACUCCUUGUCGUCGUCGUCAUCCUCUCUCUCUCUCUCUCUGCCUCCACGUUCUUCCUCUCUCCUCAACACAUUGUUUUGGGUCGUUUAUAGCGACCCCGAGUUCAGUAGCUUCUUCUCUCACGUAUUCAUCAAAAUAAAGAAACCUUGACGAGAACGUAUAGAAUAUUGUCCGAGGGAAGCCACGCACAACAUUUGGGGCUAAAAUGGAUCAACUUCGGGAACAAACCAUGAUCAAUCAAUUCAUUUAUGCGGCGGGAUGUGACCGCUGUACGGCAGAGAAAUGCCUCAUCCAGUCCAAUUGGCAAUUUCAGAUGGCUUUGAGCUACUACUUUCAAGAGGCCACCAUACCCAAACCAACCAAUAAUCUAUCGGUGUUAACGCCCAUGAAUACACCGGUAACUCCGCCCAACUUCCCGGACGCUUUAACCAUGUUCUCGAAGAUGUCAACCAUGGAUGGGAUGAACUUGGCUACUUCGCCUCAAGCAGUGUCAUCCAAGGGAAAUAAUUUGUUUCAUGCGAAAUCCGGCGCGCAUUGCGUGUCAUCUCCCAAGAGAAACUCGUCGGCAGCUACACUCAAAGCGUUCUCAUCAUCCCCAAGUGCUCAAAUAUUUGAGUACGCAGAGUUAGGAAAUGGAACGGGCUCCAGAACUUGGGGUCCAAUGAGUCAAAAUUGUCAGAAAAGAACGUCUCCCUCCGAUUCGGGUACGGAUAGCUUCUCUACUUUCAGAACAACGAAUAAUUUGUCCUCGAGUAUCGAUUUUGAGGAAUCAAUGGACUGAAAUUACAUAUCAACGCUGAAAAUACUCAUUAAACGUUUGCGAUGAUUUUUAA